GAAACUGUGACAAUGACAAGACCUCAGCUCGUCCUCUGAAAGGCUCUCUCAUUUUCAGUCAAUUAGGAUGGAGACAUAAAAGGCUCAAACUGCACAGGUUCAGCCCAGCUGGACUGGGGAAGGCCGACCCGAGGCGUGGUCUGGGAGGAGGGGCCAAGGCCAGGCCAGAGUAUUCUCCGACGGAAACCCCUGCAAGUCGGAACGCAUUUUUUUUCCUAAGGUUCUGUCCAGGUAACAACAACACCGGCGACGUGACGCAGAAAGACGAGCCACGGGCCAAGCUAAUCUCCCGGAAGCAGCCUACGGCCUCUAGUACUUCAUGGAAGUCAGUAUUCGUCUCGGUUCAGGGUGCACAUGCGCAUUUGCGCUCCACGUGACAAGCAGGAGCCAGCUUCUUCCACGCCCCUAAAACUGAGGGGUCCCCGCCUUCAUUCCCUCCGGCACGCGAUUGGUUCUCACAAGAUUUUUCCUCUUCCGGCAGAAACGAUCCAUGGGACUUAGAGUCUUCCGCUUGGUGUCUGGGCGGGGAGGUAGGGUCUUUAAACCGGCAACAGGAUGUUCACCGCGGGAACGGAGAGCUUCCUCCGCCAAGCGAGGGAGAUUCAGGAUCAGGAACUGAAGAAAUUCUGUUUGCGUAUAACAGGAUUACUUCAGAAGGAAGACUUAGGAAAUGAGACCAUUGAUUGUUUGCAAAGACUUUUCCUCAUUGUCUCAGCCACAAAAUAUUAUAGGAAACUUGAAAAGAAAUUUGUGGAACUAUUGUUAUCAGCAAUGUAUUUCCCCAAGUCCCCUGAGCAGGUUCAGGUUCUCUGUGCUGCCAUCCUAAGAGAAAUAUCACCUUCUGAAGACUUGACAUUGUUUUAUGACCACAUCCAAAACACAAAGCUGUUAAGCCUGAUGUCAUCAGUCCUAUUGGCUCAGGGCAAUAAAAGGGAUGAGGUCAGAGAUGUGGGGCUGCGUGUUACAAAAAUCCUUGAAAGUCGACAGCCUGAGGGACAGAGUUUAAGAUAUCUUCUGCCUGUCUUGUCAAAGGUCAUUACCCUCUCACCAAAAGUCCUCAAGGAAGACCAGAUAAAUCUCCUUAACAAAAGGCUUAUUGACUGGCUUCGUUAUGCAAGUAUCCAACAAGGAGUUGCACAGAUAUCUGGGGGCUUCUUCUCCAAUCCCAGGGCAAGACAGCCUGGCCCCAUCACUGAGGUGGAUGGUGCAGUUGCCACAGACUUCUUCACUGUACUUUCAGUGGGCCAACACUACACUGAAGAUCAGUGGUUAAACAUGCAAGCCUUCUCUAUGCUGCGUAAAUGGUUGCUAUAUAGCGGGAAUGAUGGAACAGAGACUCCAGAUUCAGCAGAUGAUAAAUCAGAGCUGGAGGGUUCUAUUAUGUCUAUGGUCUCUGCUACUUCCACCUCCAGUCGUUUGCUUCCCCCAAAGGAACGCCUGCGAGAGAAUGCCUUUGAGUACUGCCAAAGACUCAUUGAGCAGAGUAAUCGGAGAGCCCUGAAGAAACCAGACUGUGAAUUGCAGAAGGCUUGUCUGGUUGAAGCUGUGAUUAUAUUGGAUCUACUCUGUAGGCAGGAUUCCUCCUUCAUGUACCGGACUCUGUCUUGCCUAAAGACUUUACAUGGCCGGCUUUGUGGAGACCUGGCUUAUGUUCAAGCCCUGUUGCCAGUUGCUCAGUUCUUCUUGAAUCACAGUGAAGCAGCAGCAGUUGAUUCAGAAGCAGUUUAUCAGCAUUUGUUUACCAACAUCCCUUCAGAGUUAUUCUACAACUCAAUGCUGGCCUUUGAGUUCAUCCAGUUCUGCAGGGACAACAUUCACUUUUUUAAUGGAAACCUCAGCAUCUUCAAAUCAAGCUUCCCAAACCUCUUCAAGUUCUUGGCAUGGAAUAGUGCAUCCUUGAUCUCAGAAUUUGUGGAUAUCCUUCCUGUUUUUAUUGAUGCCAGCACAGCCAUUGAGAUGCUCCAUGUCCUUCUUGACUUGCCAUGCUUGACUGCUGCUCUAGACCUAUAUCUUAGGUCAUCAUUUCCUACAGCUGAGAAGCCUCUCUGGGAUCCCAGCCUAAAGCCCACCAGCUGCUUGGAUGGUUUCCGAGAUCCUUAUCACCAGGCUCUCUUUCAGUAUCUGCUGCGCCCAAAAGCCAAGGGCUUCAUAAAGGGGCUGGCUCCACUCCAUGAACUGCUGAAGCCCAUGGCUGGUUGUGCCCGAGUCAUACAGUGUGCAGAGACUGUCCCCAUUUUAAUACAGCUUUUCUUUACUGUGGUGACCGAGUUUGCAGAUGGGACAUUGAUAAACCAGCUGGCAGUGCUACUAUUGGGAAGAAGUGGUUUGCUCUUCGAUGUUCCACAGUUUAAAGCUGCUGUGCAUAGAGAAAUGAGUUCCCAGCUUCUGGUCCUAUGUAAGCUACACCCUUCUCUUGUGGUUGAACUGUCUAAGGAACUACUGGAGUUCACAGGAACCAUCCGCAAUAUCCACAGCAAAGAGAACAUAUUCACCCAUGUGGUCUGGGCAAUUGGAGAAUACCUGUCUGUGCUCUAUGACAGGCGGUGCACCGUAGAACUGAUCAACAAAUUCUUUGAAACCCUGGAAGCCUUGCUGUUUGAAAUUACCCAGUUUCGUCCCUCUGCCACGCUCCCCAAAUGCUGCCCACGAGUAAUCACAGUCCUUAUGACCACUCUGACCAAACUAGCCUCUCGGAGUCAAGAUCUCAUUCCUAGGGUUUCCUUAUUCCUGUCCAAGAUGAGAUCUUUUGCUCAGAGUCCUGCCAUGACCUCUGUAUAUAGUGAGGAGGACACAGAGACUAUCCUGACCAGGGCCACCGAGUUGAUGAACUUAUUGAAAAUGCCGAGUGUGGCUCAGUUUGUCCUGACGCCAUCUGUAGAAGUGUCUAACCCACGAUACCAUCUUGACACAAAUACAUCCUUGCCUCUGGCCCUGCAGAUGGCCAGCCGGCUAGUUGAGAAAGAGGCCAGCCUUCUGUCAUGGUGAGGUGCUGACAUGAUCUAGCACACACUGGGGGACUCAUAGAGCACUAGGGUGGGUUAGGCUUGUAUUUAAGUUAAGCUCCUGAGCAUUAACAAUGAGAUAAAUGCAACUGGAAGAUAUAAGACAGAAAUGUGAUUGUGAGGAGGUACAUAUUAUGGCUCUUCCCUCUUGAGCCAUUCCAAUUCAUCUGGCUUUAUUUUACUUUUGAAAUCCUUUUAAGUAUUUUAUUUAUAUGCCUUAUCCUAUGGUGACUAUAUUCGGGAGUUGUGCUAUUAUAAAAGACUCCAGUUUUGUGGUCUCAAUCCUAGGCCUGGUGAUCAGAAUGGUGCCAGAACUCACACUGGGGUUGGAGAUGGGUUUUCCUAGAAUCAAGGACUGGGGAUCUGCUUACUCAGGGUUGUGUGUGGUAAGUGAAUUCCAGCUGGUGUGAGCAUAGAGAAGUCUUGUUGUUGUGUCUCUUGGUUCUGGCACAAGUUUACUUUUUUGUUCCCCGAGUAAAAAUCUGGUUUCUUCUUACUUUCUAAGCAUAUUGAAGUCGGUAUUUUAUUAUAUCCAUUUUUUUCCUCACUUAAAUCUUUGAACAUUAAAUUCCUAAACAAAUUUGCACCAUUUAGUAUUGUUACUUAUCAGAUAAAUACAGAGAGAUAUACAGUAUUAACAAGAAUGAAGAAAUAAGUUUCUUGCUGGUGGUGACAUCUAAGAACGGAAUGUCUCAUAUCCACACACACACUCCAUACCGCCGUCAUCCUAUUUACAUUACUGGAACAUAUGAUUUCAAUAAACAAAAAGAUAAUCCCUU